UGGAGCUGUAGGUAGCCCGAAUGAGACCGGCAAAAAUGUUCAGAAUAAACGCUCUCGGGAUCUAUUUGUGGGAAACAAUAGUAUUUUUCAGAAGACUGCAUGCAUGAAACAUUACAUGGAAAAGCCACCCUGGUCAUCAUCUGUCAUCCUAAUUAUCCAUAAGAGGUUCAUUCUGGAUAUGCAAAUUCUCCCUGCACCAAACAAUUGGGAAGUAAUUAACCUAUUUUCUGUUUCCAGCUUUCUUUUUGGAGCUAUAAGUUGGUAUGUUUUUGGUAUUUUCGAAAAACGUUGGUUAUUUUAUUAUCCUGUCAUCAUAGGAAAUGGAUUGUGAGGUUACAGAUAUUAGUAGUUAUGUAAACCUAACUUUUUAUUCUGUGUAUGGAAUGUUAAUACUAUUUUGUUGAUGGAUAAAAAAAAAAAAGGAAAUACAAAAAAAAAUCAAUGUAGAUGAGAUAUGUAGAACAUAUCCAAUAAGCAUACCGUUCUGUGUUGUAGGCCGUUCUGUGUUGAGUCAAAUAACAACUUAAUGGAUAAUCAAUAUUAUCUGAGCAUAUAACUCAUGAAGCAGAAACUUCCUAAAACGUUCAUACUUUGCUCAUGGAGCUAGUCAAACUGCUAUAUAUUUAUUUGGAAGGCAAGUAAAGUAGUUGACUUCCUAUCGAUUCACAGUAUCUAGCAAAUGGACAGGUGAAGGGAAUCAGUAAUGGUAGCAUCCCUCAAAAGAAAAUCCUUGUUGGAUUGGAUUACUCUCAGAAUGCUGCUAUGUAUGACAACAACUCACCAUUCAAAUCUCAGUUGUGCACCCAUCUCUCUCUCUCUCUCUCUCUCUCUCUCUCUCUCUCUCUCUCUCUCUCUCUCUCUCCCUGCCUCUCUCUACCUCCCUGCCUCUCUCUACCUCUCUCUCUCUCUCUCUCUCUUCUCUCUCUCUCUUCUCUCUCUCUCUCUCUCUCUCUCUCCCUACUUUUCCUUUCUCUCUUCUCUCUCUAGUUUGGCAGCCUCUAAAGAAUCCGCGGCUCGAAAAGCCGCCUCCCCGAUGCCUCCCUCUGAGUUCCUGGACAAACUCAUGGGUAAAGUUUCGGGUUACGAUGCAAGAAUCAGACCUAAUUUCAAAGUUGCAGGGGUCCCCCCGAGUGGAAGAGACCCACAAGGCCCCAAAACAGAAGCUUCUCACAAGAAAGGUCCCCCUGUAAACGUAACGUGCAACAUUUUUAUUAACAGUUUUGGAUCCAUCGCUGAAACAACAAUGGACUACAGAGUGAAUAUCUUCCUGAGGCAGCAAUGGAACGACCCCAGGCUGGCCUAUAGUGAAUACCCCGACGAUUCUCUUGACCUGGACCCAUCUAUGUUGGACUCUAUCUGGAAACCUGAUUUGUUCUUCGCCAAUGAAAAAGGCGCCAAUUUCCAUGAGGUUACGACUGACAACAAGCUACUAAGGAUUUCAAAAAAUGGAAACGUAUUGUAUAGUAUUCGAAUAACACUGGUCCUGGCCUGUCCCAUGGACUUGAAGAACUUCCCAAUGGACGUACAGACCUGUAUCAUGCAGCUGGAGAGUUUCGGCUAUACGAUGAAUGAUCUCAUAUUUGAGUGGGAUGAGAAGGGAGCCGUGCAGGUAGCAGAUGGGCUGACGUUACCUCAGUUUAUACUGAAAGAGGAGAAAGACCUGCGAUACUGUACCAAGCACUACAACACAGGAAAGUUCACUUGUAUCGAGGCUCGUUUCCAUCUGGAGAGGCAGAUGGGCUAUUACCUGAUUCAGAUGUACAUCCCCAGCCUUCUGAUUGUCAUUUUGUCCUGGGUGUCCUUCUGGAUCAACAUGGACGCUGCACCUGCCAGAGUGGGAUUGGGCAUUACCACCGUGCUCACUAUGACCACCCAGAGCUCCGGCUCCCGAGCCUCCCUCCCCAAGGUGUCGUAUGUGAAAGCCAUUGACAUCUGGAUGGCUGUGUGCCUCCUGUUUGUCUUCUCGGCCCUGCUUGAGUACGCCGCUGUGAACUUCAUCGCUCGGCAACACAAGGAACUGCUGCGCUUCAGGAGGAGAAGGAGACACAUGAAGGAGGAUGAGGGCGGUGAGGGCCGGUUCAGCUUCACCGCCUAUGGCAUGGGCCCAGCCUGCCUGCAGGCCAAAGACGGCAUGGCCAUCAAAGGGAACAACAACAACGCCCCGACCGCCACCGCCGGCCCUCAGGAGAAAACGGUGGAAGAGAUGCGCAAGCUCUUCAUCGGCCGCGCGAAGAGGAUCGACACGGUCUCUCGCGUGGCUUUCCCGCUAGUCUUCCUCAUUUUUAAUAUUUUCUACUGGCUCGUAUACAAGAUCAUCCGAAGCACGGAUGUACACCAGAUGACGUAAGCAAGGGAAGAGAGAGAGUUCAAUACCACACCAUCCUUCUCCCAAACCCAAUACUCCUCGCUCUUCACUUGCUCACUUGCUUUUGGUGGCUAUCGCCUUGGCAAAGGUAUUUUAUUUUAUCCCCCCCCCCCUCUUUUCAACCUGAAUAAUCCGGACCAGUGCAAUAGCGAUGCAGUAAAAUGCAUGAUAUAUGAAUGUGGCAAAAUAUUUACAAAACGAUAAAUCAGUAAAUGUUACGACUUUUACCGAUACAUCCGGGAAUUUAUGAUAACUGAGAAUUUAGAAAGAAAGAGAUGUUCUUCUAAGAAGUGUUAGAAGAAGACACUGCAUUCUAAAGAAGAAGAAGAAGAAGUUGGGGAAACACACAGCACUGUAAUAUAGUAUAUAUCUAUCAUAUAUUUAAAAACUGUUAUUUCUCUCGAAAGGCAGAUGUCUGGAUGGAACACGAGGGAUGGAUUUUUAAAAGGAUACUAAGACGAUUUUAGUGUUUCCGUUAAUAAAGUGUUGCAAGGAUCGUGUGUCCUAUAUAUCUCAAUUAGCUUCAAUGUGUGUUGCAAGCACUUAUCAACGCUCCCUGAGCCCUCAACGAAAAACUGAGAUUUCAUGUGGUUGAUGCUGCUAUCAACUAAAUGGAGGAAACUUGAUGAGUCAAAAUAAUAUUCUAUUGUUUCUAACCGCUGUGGUCAACGUGUUCCUCUGUCGGCCCUUAACUUUAUUUCUCAAUUGCAUAUCGUUUUUAAUUUUAGUGUCAAGUAUAUAUCAUGUUGCUGUAAUCAGCUCAAGCUCUUCUUGGGAACUCUAAAUUCUAAAGGGACAUUUGGCAUCAUUCACAUAUCCUCAUUGUGGCAUUCAUUCAUUCAUUCAUUCAUUCAUUCAUUCAUUCAUUCAUUCAUUUAUCCAUGUGCUUUUUUUAAAAAGGAUUUGGUACUUAAAUCAAAAUAUGAUUCAUUAAAAGUGAAUCUACACUGGAAAAAAAAUAAUAAUAAUGUAAUCCUGAUUCUUCCUACUCAUUUCAUUGAAGCUGUACUGUUAACAUUUGUUUCGUUAUUUUCAUAGUUUAUUACCCAGUUACGGUAAGAUACCCAGCAGGCAAUGGAGAAAAAUGUAGUGAGUUAAGAUUAAAACAAGAAAACACCUACUGUACCUUAACAAUUAUUAUUAUUAUUAUUAUUAUUAUAUUUACACAUAUUAAUAAUGUAGCUCAAAAAAACAUAUGCAUUAUUAUCAUCAUUUACUAAAUAUGUCUAAAAGAUAUUCACUCAAAAUCAUGGAAAAUAGUUUGAUACGUUAACAACAACGAUCGGCACAAUGUUCUCAUUGGUAUAUAAUGCAGUACAUGUUAUCGUUCACAAUACUACAGUAUACUGUGAAACUGAUUGAUUAAUACAUUCAUUCAACUAGUCAGUGGCUUGAUUUAAGAUACUGAAAUCCAUUACUUCUCACCAGGCUUUUCUAUGCAAUAAUUAAUAUAUGCAAUUAUUUUUUUUAAAUUAGCUUUACCAUUUACAAAACAUUAUCAUGAAUCUGUUUGAACUUGUGAGCCAUCAAGUUUUUUUAAAUUUAAGACAUCACAGAUCACAGUGCUCAUCUUUCCAAUGGUGGACAUACAUACCAACACACACGAGGCCUUCAGAUCUACACCCUUAUGCAUAAUGUAAACUACUCACCCUUCUCCUAGGCCCAUCAUUCUCCACGCAUUUACAUUCAACUACAAACGGGCCAAGCUACAGUGGCUUUUCAUAUUGCAUAUUUAAGACUCUCUGCUCUCUGUAGCCCCACCUCUGGGACAUUGUUUAGCUAGCCUAAAGUGCUGUCACCAAGCCCCAGAAAUAAAGACUACACUACUGCUACCACAGGAAGUAUGGCCUGCGACACAUUGUCAUGGAUGGGAGACUCGGACACAGUUGAAAUAAACACUGGUCGAGUGAGUUUUUGCAUUUAACUUUAAUGCCAAAUGUUAUUUUCCUCUACUUGGUUUUUAUUCCAAACCAAAUAAGUAUUUUGUUAACCUAUGAUCAUUGCCUUCCUGGUUCGGUUUUGAAUAUGACGACAUAAGGGGAAAGAUGCCAGAACACCUUCGCAACAGAUAUUAUGCACUGGUUCAGGACAUUGUUUAGGUUUUGUUGUCGUAACUUAGAUUGAUUCAGUUCUUUCCAUUGACUUCCCAGUGUGUGGAUAAAGUGCUUCCAUUUCUUUUUGUGGUAAUAUGAUGCUAUUCAAUUAACAAUAUUAUAUAUUUUGAUAUGAAACGUUCUCUGCUUUUUCAUCCCUGUUCUUUCUUCUUCUUCUUGAAAAGUGUAAUCCAUUACUUUAACAGGUCAUAGAUUUUUUUCGAAUGUGUUAAUGAUAGUUUGAGGUAGUUUGAUGUUUGAGGCUUGAUGGACUUGCACAAGAGAUUAUAACAAUAUUUUACAUUUCGGUCAAUUAUUUCUUAAAUUUGUAUUAUCUUCCAGUAAUUCAUAUUUACCUUCUGGUUGAGGCAGUAUUUGUCAAAAGAUAUGUGUGUUUUUAACAGACACAGUCCAUGUGGGUAAAUUGAUUUGAAGGUCUAAUGUUUUUGCAUUAGUGUUAUUUCAUCACAGAAAAUUAACUUUUCUACAUGGGGCAUACUUAUGUCAUUUAUAAUGUUAUGCUUUACCCAAAACUAUGCAUUUAUAAAAGUUAAUUGUUAGAAUAGGGUUGAAAAAUAAAGGGCCUUUUAAAAUAUCAGCACAGUAAUCAAUAUGUUUUGAAAGUGCUGAAUGAUUGGUUGAUAGAUACAAGUAUUUAUUUGUUGGCUGUAAUAUUUCAGUACAGAAUUUGACCAUGAAUCUUUCCUCAGUUUUGACUUCCUCAGACAAAACUAUCCAUUAAAUAAGAUGUUAUCCAAUGUUGAAUAUGCAACAAACUAGGAACUAAUCAUAUCAUGUACCUCCACUCAACCACCAUGAUAUUCACUCAUCCAUUCAAUACUUAUGGAUUGAACUCUAUGCCCUGACCAUGUGAAGGAUCACUGCACUUGGGACAAUGCUAUAUAGAUUUAUUGUAACCAAUUGCUUAUUAAGGUGCAUUAUUACUAGCGCCCUGUCCAGGGUGUGUACUUGUACAUCAAGCUGCCUCAUGCUACAGAAACAGGAGAUAGGCUCCAGGGUUGGGGUCAAUUCCAAUUUAAAUUGAAUUUUAAUUCAAUUCAGAAUCGACCUGGAAUUAGAAUUGAAUACAUGGGAAAUGAAUAGGCAGAAAGAAUUGAAUUGGAAUUGAAUUUCUGGAAUUUACCCUGACCCUGAUAGGCUCCUGCCCUACGGGACAAGGGGCAGGGGCUCGGACAAGGCUUACUUUGUUUAUUAUGUUAUUCAAGAUGGAAAUGACACUUACUGCUCUGAAUAGACAACGUCAACAAGGUCUAACGUAUCAACGCAGAUCAAUGUUCAAAGUAUGGAAGUGGUAGGAAUGUUCACUGAUGGAGAAACCCUCCAUUGAACAGAUAGGACUUCCUCCCCUUCAUAUCAACCUGACCUAGAACAGAUAGGACUUCCUCCCCUUCAUAUCAACCUGACCUAGAACAGAUAGGACUUCCUCCCCUUCAUAUCAACCUGACCUAGAACAGAUAGGACUUCCUCCCCUUCAUAUCAACCUGACCUAGAACAGAUAGGACUUCCUCCCCUUCAUAUCAACCUGACCUAGAACAGAUAGGACUUCCUCCCCUUCAUAUCAACCUGACCUAGAACAGAUAGGACUUCCUCCCCUUCAUAUCAACCUGACCUAGAACAGAUAGGACUUCCUCCCCUUCAUAUCAACCUGACCUAGAACAGAUAGGACUUCCUCCCCUUCAUAUCAACCUGACCUAGAACAGAUAGGACUUCCUCCCCUUCAUAUCAACCUGACCUAGAACAGACAGGACUUCCUCCCCUUCAUAUCAACCUGACCUAUCAUAAUGUCAAAUAUUAUUGACAAUGAAGGAAGUUCAUAUAAUAUUUGGCAUAUAGGACAGAGCAAUAUGAACAUUUUAAAAGUAUGAAAUUCAACUAGCAUGUUAUGAUUUGUUAGUAAUUGCUGAUAACAACAGCUGUUUGAUUCUGUUGUCUUUUGAAUAUAUCAGAUGCCCUGGUUGUGGUGAUGCACUCACCACCCAGUGAUAGAGAUGGACACAAAUAACCAGUCAUGAACUGAACUGUACACAAAAAUGGAAACAUUUCUAUUUAUGUAUUUUUAAUUCAUUUUUAGCACACAAGUUGGAAUGGCCUUAAUUUAGUUUUACUUGCUUAAAUAUUGUGUAUUGGCACAAAGUGCACAUCUUGAUUUGCUAAUUACAGUUAUGAUAAUAAUCCAAGAGUGCACUUCAGAAGAAGGAAAAAAGUUCAGCAAAUCCUUUUUUUUUUUAAUUAAAAUGUGAAAACACUGAAUAUUUUGCAUGAAUAUAAACACAAUGGCAGAUAUUUUUGGCUUGUACAAAAAUGUUAGCAAUUUGAAGAAGAAAAAAGGAAUGUACAAUUUCUGCUGUAACUGUAUAUAACUAAAUAUUUAUUGAAAUAUGUCAUUAUAAGUCAUUCUAAUUACAAUUAAAGGUUUUCUGAA